AUGCUUCAAAUAAUCCAGAAGAUGGGUCAUCCUGAUAAUUUUAUUCCUGCUAAUCCUAUGGUUACUCCUCAUUCUAUUGUUCCAGAAUGGUAUUUUCUUCCAUUUUAUGCUGUAUUACGUGCUAUUCCAAGUAAACUUGGAGGUGUAAUAGCUAUGUUUGGUGCAUUAGUUAUUUUAUUUCCAUUAGCUUAUUUCAAUACUUAUAAUUUACGUUCUAAUCGUUAUCGUCCAAUUUUACAAAUUUUAUUCUGGGUUUUUGUUUUUAACUUCUUCUUUUUAAUGUGGUUAGGUGGAAAACCAAUUCAUGAACCAUAUAUUAUGUUAGGACAAAUUUGUACUGUCAUUUAUUUCUCAUAUUUCUUUAUUUUAAUGAUUUAG